CACUUCUCUAGCCUGCUGCCGAUUUGGCUCUGCACCUAAAACGUCGCCGUUUUUGUCUGUCCAAAUUCCUCCGUUAUGUAGAGACUCUGAGACCCUAGUCGAUCGAAAUUAAAGUGAGAAAUCAAAUCUGCGACGCAUCAUCUUUGUGAUCCAUUUGAAGGUUAAAUUCCAAUUCCUGAAAUUCUUGCCUUUUUUGUCAUCAAUUGAAUCGAAAAUUUCUAUUUCUGUUUUGACCCUCAGUUUCUCGUCAAACCCAACAAAAAAUAAAAAUUAAAUUCAGUGAUACAAGUAUAUAUAUUUUUUGAAUGCAGAUUUCAUAGAUAAUUUCCAAAUUUUCUCUCGUUUUCCCUAGUUUUCUAGGGCUUUUGUCGAGGUUUCCUUCAUAUUUUCUGUGAUUUCGAUAUGGACGGGAACAAAGAUGAGGCCUUGAAAUGCCUGAAAAUUGGGAAAGAUGCGUUGGAGGCAGGGGAUCGAGCCCGUGCCUUGAAAUUCGUUACGAAAGCGCGUCGUCUUGAUCCGAACCUUCCUGUUGACGAUCUCUUAUCGGCGAUUGAACGAGAAACGGGUCAAUCGGAGACGCCGGCCGGUGGGGCUAAUGAUGAGGCUUCGAAGGCCUCCGAUCAUCCUUCGGUUCGACAUAGGGUUCCAUCGAGUGGGUCUUCAGCGUCUUCGUCUUCAUCAUCGGUGGCGUACACGGAGGAACAGAUCUCAAUUGUGAGGCAGGUUAAGAAGAAGAAAGAUUACUAUGAGGUUCUAGGGUUGGAGAAGAGUUGUACUGUUGAGGAUAUUCGCAAGGCUUAUCGGAAACUGUCUUUGAAGGUUCACCCUGAUAAGAACAAGGCUCCGGGUGCAGAGGAGGCUUUUAAGGCAGUGUCUAAAGCGUUUCAGUGUUUGAGCAACGAAGAGAGCCGGAAAAAGUACGAUCUUGUUGGGUCGGAUGAACCAGUUUACGAGCGGCAUCCAGCGACUCGCAGGGCAAACGGUUUCAAUGGGUUCUAUGAUGGCGAUGUUGAUGCAGAAGAGAUCUUUAGGAACUUCUUCUUCGGUGGAAUGCCUCAAGCAACCACCCAGUUUCGGGGGUUCGCAUUCGGGCCUGGAAUGGGAACGAGAACGGAGCCAAUGUAUGCAUUCGCUAGAUCUUACCCAUAUGAAUACCGGUUUGUCACACAAAAGGGAGUGAAUUAUUAUGUGAAGUCAACCAAAUUUGAGCAAGAUUACCCUUCAAAUAGCCAUGAACGAGUGGCUUUUGAGGCACGGGUUGAGAGAGAAUACUUUGCACUUCUGUCACAGAAUUGUCGGCAUGAGUUGCAGCGUCUCCAGUGGGGUUUUAUACGGGAAACACCGCAUUGUGACAUGUUAAAACAGUUUGAGGCUGUGGCAUAAUGACCUCAAUCAAGGUUUGUGCUCAGUGCCACUAUUUCAAAAUUUCUAUUUUGAAGAAAAUGCAUCUGAAAUUUGGAAUUUUGCAUUGAAGAUAUGAGUGAUGGGUGUAGGAUGCCAUCUUGGGGUUAUUGCUAUUGAAUUUGGAUCUCUUCAUUAUCUUGAACACCUUUAGCCCAUUUUGGUGCUACAAACUUCUGGUGCCUUGUAUAUGCGCCAUAAUUUUUUAGAAGCAUUUAUGACUAGCUUUGGUUGUAGUUUUGCGCCGCAAUUUGCAUAACCAUUAAUCUCCACUAUAGUGAAUCUCAAAACUAUUCCCCAUACACAAAGUUACAUAUUAAGUUCUAUGUAAUAUUGUCUAAGAUCCUCAAUAAUCACUAUAUAUUUGUAUUGAUCAUGCUUUCAGGUGCAUUUUUGUGUUGGUGGUAGUCCAUUACCUAGUUGUUAUAGGUGAGGUAUAGUAUGAUACUGGUAGGGUUCUCCCAGAUUGAUGGUGAUCCGAUGAAACUUUUCUUGCAAGCCUGGACCUUUUUUGGUUUGGGAUGAACAUGUAAACUUACAGACAAGGAGGGUUUACUCUGUAUACCUUGCCUGGCUUCAAGCACACUAGGUCUGCCUCAUGUAAGACCCACCAAGAACAUUCAGUAACUGAUCUUCAUGAUGAUUACUGGUGAUUAUUUUAUCACAGAUGUGCAUAUUUGAAUUUA